CAGUACUUUCUAUUUAGUAUUUUUUGGUAUUUCCAAAACGCGUUAGGUACUAGCAGCCAUAUGCCGAACUUGCAUAAUUCUAGUAAAUAAAAAAAUAUGCUGCAGGCAUUAAAAACUCUACCGUGGACACAGUCAGUGCGGGCGCUUGCCUCUGUGGCCACCAGUGCAACCACAGCUCCAAAUGCCUCAUCCGCUACAAUACCUGCCCCGGAACCGGAUAAAUUAUAUAGCAAGUUGGAGAUAGAGCUUCGUGGGGUAGAUCCUGCUGUGCUGAAAAGUUACACCUGGUUCGCCACAACGGCAGCCGACCAUUUGGGAAUUGAGAAGGGCAAGUGUUGGUCUCCCCGGAAAGCGCACCACGACCGCAUGACAUUACUGAAAUCGGUUCACAUCUACAAGAAACACCGAGUCCAGUACGAGGUCCGUACACACUUCCGCUACAUGAAUUUUCACAAAUUGACUGGUUCAACGCUGGACACAUUUCUGGAAUACAUUGAGCGCAACCUGCCCGAGGGAGUAGCCAUGGAAGCGUCUAAAACAGAACUGCAGCAGAUACCAGAGCACCUGAGACAACCUCCCGAGGAGGUUUAGUUAAAUCACCAUAGCCGUAGUUUAAUAAAAUCGAGCCCGUCAAAAAA